GCCCGUUGGACCCGCUCCCGGGGCCGCUCGGACAGGGUCUUGCGCGGGAACGAGCGGAGUGACAGCCCCGCUUCUCUGGCUCCGUCGCCCGUCAUUUUGAAUGCCUUUCUUUGCACCUCCUCCGGUGCAGAGGCUCGUUUUUGAUAAACGCGCGAGCGGGGCCGCCUGCGUUUUGGCAGGUAAAGUCACGAAGAGCUGAGCGGGGUGUCGUGGAAAGGGCAUUCCGGAGUGGCUCCUUCCGUAGGAGGCGAGUCGAGGGCGCUUAACGCCAAUACCAGCAGCAAAGUCUUAGUAAAAAUACUGCUUUCAGCGUGUCGGUUGUUUCGAGGCGGCUUUGUGGGGUGGGAAGGAAUUGAAUCGUGAUGGUGUUAAAAUGUGCGUUAGUUAGUUCCACCCGAAGUGACAGUGCAUCUGCUCUUUUAGAUAAGCAGGCUCGCUUAAUAAGGAGAACACUAAAAAGUGACAGAGAAAUAUCGGGAGAAGGUUUUUGUGUGAGGAUCCCAGCGUGAUGAUGCCCAAUUUAAUGAAGAUGGAAGACUAUGAGAAUUUCUGCAAGAAGCAGCUUGCCAGGAUCCAAGGAGAGUCUAUACAAAAAGGAAUAUCCCCACCUGCUCAGCACAAAAAUAUUUCUCUUAUUCAUUUCAAUGGUGUCCCUGUGCUUUCUCCUCUGCUUACUCUUGAGAGAAAGAAGGAGUUACAACAAGACAGAAAAAAGGCUGUGGACUUAGAACUGUGGCGACAGAACUCCAAGAAAAUAAUUUUGUUGAAUCGUGUUCAGGAGAUUGUGGAAAAUGUGCAGAUGAAGAAAUUGUCCAGUCAGCAUGCUUUCGACCAGUUUGAGAUGGAGAAUAUUCAUACACAUUUAAAAUCAAAAGUGGCUAAUGGCUUUAAGACACAAUCAAACAGUGCUUUGCCAAGUUCUACUGCUCUUGGUGGGUUUGCAGAACCUAAAAUAGCACCAGAGGUUAAGCCAACGGAUCUAGAGGUUGCCUUGAAUGGCGAUUCCCUUGGAAGAACUGAACAGUUUAUCCCCCACAAGCCAAAGGACACUUGCUCUAGCCUUUCUGAAAAGAGAGUUUGCCCGGAAGGUGCAUCUUCUGAUCCAACACAGAUGUCUCCUUUACAUGAGACUGUGAAGAAAGACAGCAUUGAAAUAGUAUCAGCUGAUACAGAAGGCCCAGAUCCUUGCAUGAUGAGUCUGCAGAACCUCUUAAAAAAAUCCAGGGAGUACAUACAGCGAGAACAAACCAGGCGUAGCUUGCGAAGUAAUUCAAGGAGAAAUGGCAGUGAAAGCCAUUCAGAUAAAGAAAAUGAUGCCGUUAAAACAAGUGAUGCUGUGAAAGAGAGAGGAAAGUUAACAGGCAGAAGUGGUUUGGCUGCGGCACCUGAUAAGUCAAGUCUUACAAAAUCCGGCACUUCGCUGCAAAGUACCUCUGUUGCCAAGAAUAACACAAGUGUGACAUCAACCAGUUUUUCUAAAGUGGAUAUUCCUGUGAGAUCUGGAACACCACCUGUGCUGGAUUCAAGUGAAGACUUAAGAAACACCUCUUUCUUUGAGCACAAUAGUAGUAUUCUCCAAAGCUUCACUGGUUCUUACUCCAGGUUACCCAGUCCAGAGUUGAGCAUGAGUCCCAAAAUGCACAGGAGACGCCCAAGGCCUUCUUCCAUGGGGCACAUUGUCAUUAACCACCCUGUAAAUGCCUAUGAAUUAAGCCCUAAAGAAAAGGGAAGAGCUGCCGACCAAACCACUCAGGAUGCUGGUAGCCGACAAAGUGCAUCUGACCUGGUGCCAGCGCUGGCCGCAGACUUGGCUCCCAUCUGCCCCAGCAAGGUCCAUGUUUUCUGCAAGAGCUCCUCGGACAUCUGUGAUGAACUGGGAUUUGAAAAACAAAAUCAAGUGUGCCAGCCUUUGGUUGGUCAACGAGAGAACAAAAGGUUGCCAGUCAGUGCCACGGUCGAGGUGGCACUGAUUUCAGGGGACAGAGGUGUAUCGAGCCCUUGCCUUUCAGACCCAAGUGCUCAGGACACACACGCAGUCAACUCCGUUGUGGCAACGCAAAGUAAGGCAGAUGUUACUGGAGCCACGCAAACCGGCCUGCUGGACCAAGCCAAAAGUAGCCCCCCCAUGGAACUCAACAAAUCAUACGACGUGGAAAGCCCUUCUCCCUUACUAAUACAAACACAUCAGGAGCAGAUGGAUACCCCAAAUGAGUCCCUUGGAAACGAGCCAGUCCUAGAAAAUGGGUUUGAAAAGGUGAAACGGAGGCUCGAGCUGGAUGCGGAUAAUGCCCAGAAGGAAAACAUGCCGUGUGACAUAGCAGCAGAAACCAACGCACGGGAGAAGCGAUGGCUGCCUGGUCAGAGGUGCUCAGAGGGGCCUGCGUUUGGUUCCAAGCGUGAGGCGCCAGGAAGAAGUGUCAGUGCAGAGGAGACUUUUAAGCAGAAAAUGCUAGCCUUUGAGGAAUUGAGGAAGAGACUCGAGGAACAACAUGCUCAACAACUCUCAUUGUUGAUAGCUGAGCAAGAGAGAGAGCAGGAGAGGCUGCAGAAGGAGAUAGAAGAGCAGGAAUGGAGACUGAAAGGGGAGAAGACGGCUGUAACCAAAAUGGACAUCCCCCAAAUUGCUAUUAGUAGCAGAAUGGAUUUGGAGUGGCGGAAGAUCAGUGACACACAGUUGCUGGAAUCCGUGCUGACUCGGGUGGAAACGAUCCAUAGCACAAAUUCAGAGAGUGCUGGUUUUGCGAAUGCUUCCAUAUCCUGUUCGACUGCUGAUUCGCCAUUCUACCUUUGGGAACCACCAGCCCAUGGAAAGUCUGUUGCAGCAUCCAGGUCUAUUAGCAGAAGUAGAAUGAGAUGGUCUCAGGUGUACAGUCCUGAGAUGAAAAGGAAAUUGAACAAGAUUUCUGCCUUGGCAAAGGGAUUUCUGACUCGAAGACUCUUGCAAACAGAGAAAUUGAAACACCUUAGGCAAACUGUAAAAGAUACAAUGGAGUUCAUAAAAAAUUUCCAGACAGAAGCUCCAUUAAAGAGAGGAAGUGUUUCAGCUCAAGAUGCUAACUUGCAAGAGAGAGUGGCAGCUCAGCUGCGAGCUGCGUUGUAUGAUAUUCAUGAUAUCUUCUUCAAAAUGGAUGUGUCUGAGAGAAUGAGUAUACUGUGUCAUGACCGAGAAGUUCGCAAAGAGAAAAUGCUCCGGCAGCUGGAUAAAGCAAAGGCCCCGAGAGAGAGAGUGACACUUUCUACAGCUACACAAAAAUCUUUGGAUAGGAAGAAAUAUAUGAAAGCUUCAGAAAUGGGAAUGCCAAACAGAAAAACAAUUGUGAAACAAAAGACUCCAGAAAACAGAGUUCUCCAGCCAAAUCAGGGUCAAAAUGCUCCUAUACAAAGGCUCCUUUCCAGACAAGGAACCCCUAAGACCUCAGUGAAGGGGGCUGAACAAAAUAGAAAGAAGCCCUCAGAGAGCAGAGUGUCUAACAAGGCCUUUUCAGGAGUAUAUGCAGGAAGAAUCCAAAGAAAGAAGCCAAAUGCUGUGACAACUUAAGAAGGCAGCAUUCACUGGGCUAAGAGGUUGUUUUGGUUUGUCUGUACAUAUUCUCCACUGCUUCAGAUCUUCCUGCUGUUACACACAUGCUGAUGGUUGGAAAUGUUUGUGACAUUAGUUUAUAUUUCUGAGUGAUAAAAUGAAAAGAAUAAUGAACAGCACAACAAGCUGAAGAAGUAUUUAUUCUGCAUACUUCAACUCUCUUAUGAGUGGUGGUUACUGAUCUCUGAAAUGAUUAUUCAUUCUACAUCCUCAGGAAGAAUAUUUGUUUUUUGCAGACUUGAGCCUAUACUAUACUUUUUAUAGUGCAAUAAAUACUCUUAAAAUGGCAGUUUAUAUGUUCUGCAUUAAUAUGUGUUCAUAUCAUUCUGUGAAUUAAUUUAUAUGAAAGGAAAUGUUCAGCCGUGGCUGUGUAUGAGCUCUGUUAUGGCUGAUAAGCUUUAACCACACAAAAUCUUGGCCUUCGUCAUGUGGGAGCUGAUGUUGGCUUUCAUUAGAAGGAGGUUAGCUUAAGUAGUGGUGAAUGGUGUUAAUCUUGCAGCAUCAAUAGCAUCAAUUUCUGCCUUUCUUUAAAAGUAGCUGCUUUUUGUAUCUUUUUUCUUGUUUAGUAAAAACUUUGGAUAAUUACCGGAGAGGAAGGGUACUUACUCUCUUCUGUCAUUUGGGGUAGGAUUAUUACAAAGCCCUUUUGGUUUCUGGGGGCUUCUUUGCUGUGUUUAUUCAAAUUGCAAUACAAACAUUGAGCACAUUUUUAAAACCAGCCAUGGCCCUUAAAGCGAUACUCUUACAUUAACAAAGCCAUUGUUGAGAAAGAGGCUUAAGUAGAUUAUCUAUACUUGCUAUUUUAGGCAGUGAUGAAUUAUGGCUUUGAAAAGUAUGGUCAUGUUUAGGUUGAAUCCGCCAACUGUUACUAGCACUGUAUCUUACUAACAUAAUUCAUUGCAAAGCAAACUGUACAUGAAUGUUAAAUUGGUAUUAACGUGCUAAUACGGGAAGUUUCAGAUCUGGGACUGUGAAUGUUUGGUUCAGAUUAUUUGAUGUAAAUGGAAGCAUUUCAUGAACAAACUGGAGGAAAAUUCGUAUAAUGAGGCAUCUAUCAUUAAUAUGGAGAUGUCUGUAAAGCGUAUUCAUUAUGUGCAUCUUCUAAUGCUUUUGUGCAGUCGUCCCCACCUUGGUGCCCUCCAGAUGAGCUCUAUACCUUUCAGAGCAACAGAUUUGGAAAGUCUGUUAUCUGUCAUGCAGUAUUUUAAACUGUCUGGGGAUGGUAGAACAGUGUCAACUCAUAAAGCUAUGGUGGAGAUGAACAAACUGCUCUGCAGUUCUUUACAGUAGUGGAGUGUUUACACAUAAUAAGCUCGAAUUGCUGGCUUAUCCUGGUUCACUGUGGUGUUUUAUUUAUUAGAUUUUUACCCUGGCCUGUCAGCCGUAAGGCUUCCAUAUGUAUAGUUUGCUUUCCCCUUCUCGUGAACAGGUAAGACACGUCAGAAAUUGAAAGCGUUGUAUGACAUCCAGUCAUACAAACCUGGCUCCAGGUUCCUUGGACCCAAGCAAGCGAAGAUUUGUUAAUCUUGGCUUUUUGGGAGCUACAGCCAGAAAGCCUGGGUUUGGGCAUGACACACACAAGGUGGUCAAUUUUUAUUUGAUUUACUGCUUGCCUGUAUGGAGGAGGUUCGUACAACCAAUCAAAAGGGGAGCGAGUCACCUGCAUGCCCAAGCAUGCUGCCCAUUCACAGUAAACUCAGGAUAAGCCAGCAGAUCUGGCCUACUGUUAAUGUGUGAAAGCAACUCUGGCAGGUCACCUGUUAAAAGGGCCCUACUGGCUUAGUUAUGCAGCACAAUGCAAGCAUUAGUCACGGAACUAAUUAUAAAUGGGUUCCUAUAUAGUUGUUAGAUACUACUUUUGAUUCUUAAAUGCCAUUGCAUGACUUUAAUAUUUCCCUUCGAUGUAUGAAAGAAAUCAACAAAAAACAAACUAAAUGCAUCUUAUGAAUUGUGGAUGUUGCCUUGCAAAUUAGGAGUAGACUAAAGCUUGCUUGAUAAUAACCAUGCUAAAAAUUAGUUAAAACUUGUGUGUUGUGUGCUGUGGUGUUAAUUUAGGAAUAGAUGAGUGCAAACAAGUUUUGAAUACAAACAGAUCGCUAUUUUGUGCAAAUACAUCAAGUACACUUCUUUCUUUAAUUUUAAAGUCUGUACUAAAAUGUCAAAUGUUUAACUGUCACAAGGCCUUCUAUGUACAAGUGCCAGGAUCUCUUUUGUAACUUGAUAUGUUUUAUAUUUAUUUAUUACCUUAUUUUUUUGUUCAUUUUUUAAUUUUGAGUGAAAUGCAAUAUUAUUACAAAGCAUAUUUUUGUAAUUUCAUUUUCAUCCAUUUUGCUCUUUUUUUCUUAAGCAGAUUGCACAAUAAAACUUUUUAAAGUGUA